AUGUCUUCUCCACAUGUAUCCCAGCCUGAACCAGGAGCUAGAGCACCGCUGCCCGUCUCGACGGUGGCAGGCCAUCAUCGUGGCGGCCUCAUCAAUACCAUCGACGUCGGGGCGGAGGACUUGUAUCCACCCACGCCUCUACUCCUUGAUCCAGGAGCUUCUGCUAGCUGGCUUGAUCCAGCGGAACUUGACGAAAUAUCGCUUCCAUUCGGCUUGCCGGUUGAGCCUGGUAAUAAUAAUGCAACAUUUUGCUUGGACCCUUCCAUUAUCGGCACGCAUACGCUUGAAACGAGUCUAGAUAUAAUAGAGGGUACAGCAAAUUCAUCGGGCUCUUCAUCUAAUGCCUCUUCCGGCCAAGAAUCCCCCAAGAAGUUGUGGUUGUAUGGACCUAGCCACUGGAUGACACUCUGCCAAAAGUACGAGAAGCAGGGCCUUUUUGACGAUAUCAACGAUGCGGUCUUCGGGGGCGAAGGGCAUCCGAUCCUCCAGAAGUGCAAACAACUUGGAAGGACCCUUAAGACUACGGGCCGGCCUAACCCCAAACUUCUUUCGCAGCCACUCACUAGAUUUAUACCGUCUAGAGAGACUGCGGAUCGGUUGGUGCAGCUCUACUUACGGACUUUUGAGUCAGUAUUCCGGGUUCUACAUGUGCCAACCUUCAAACAAGAGUAUGAGCAGUACUGGGAUGACCCCCAGGCGGCUAGCGAGAGCUUCGUACUCCUACUACUACUUGUAAUGGCCAUUGGUACCUGCUUUUACCAGGAUCUAUGUUUGUCAGACGGCGCCAAUGAUGGAACGACGCUGCAUGAGCGGUCGACCCAGUGGAUAUUUGCUGCUCACAUGAGAUUGGUGGUUCCCUUCAGAAAGAGAAAUCUCAAUAUCCGUGGUGUGCAACUACAGUGCUUGCUUGUUCUCGCCCUCUUAACAAACACCAGCACCGUUGGGGGCGACCUCUUUUGGAUUACUACGGCAUCCCUUGUCCAAAGUGCCAUGGCUGUUGGUCUUCACAUAAAGCCUGUCGAAUUUGCCAUAGGGCCCCUUGAAGCUGAAAUCCGUCGUAGGCUCUGGGCAACAGUGCUGGAGCUGGUAGUGCAGGCAAGUCUCGACUCCGGCGUGGACCCCAUCAUAUCGGCAGAGGCAUUGGAAUCAUGCGAGCUGCCCUCCAAUCUCGACGACUGCCAGAUCAGCAAAUCAACUGAGAUCUUGCCAGAGUCAAAGCCAACGGGCUGUUUCACACAGAAUUCCAUUCAAUGUGCCCUGAUGAGAUCGCUGCCAAUCCGGCUAAAGAUUACUGAGACGCUGAGUCGUUUCCACGCCAAGCUUCAAUACGAAGUGGCCCGCCAGAUGGGCGCAGAACUCACGGCCAUCCUCCGGGAGACAUCCGACCUUAUCGACUCAUUUACUACCACCCAGCCGUCUGUCUUCCAGGUCCAGUUGCAGGACUUAUUGGCCAGGCGCUUCCUUCUGGUGCUCCAUGGACAGUUCGCACACAAGGCAUCUAGUGACGUAAAUUACUACUACUCUCGGACUGUGUGUCUAGAAAGCUCUCAGCUCUUGCUUGCGGCCUUACACACCCACGGCUCCAACAAGCCGUACGGAGGUCAAGACGCCAACACCGUACCUUCCGUACAGGAAGAUUGCAUCAACUUACUCGUGUACGGUGAUGGGAUAUUCAAAAAUGUUUUCUUGGCAGCGGUCAUUACUGUAUGCGCCGAGUACUUGACGCAGCUUCGGGACGAUUCGUCGCCAGCUGCAUCAUCACUGUCGCGGCGAGAAUUACUUCAGUCAAUCGAGGAUGGGGCCGCCCUUACGCGCCGCCGCAUUCUUAUGGGCGAGACGAGCGUCAAGGCUCACGUCUUUCUAGCUUGCGUGCUCGCGAAGGCGGGAGGUUCUCGACGACGGGGCCAGCAUCGAGGAGCUACUACCAGGCCUCGGGUAGAUCAGGUCGUGGCAGAGACAGCACAACGUACAGAAAAGAGAAACGCGGGUGGAUGA